AUGUUUAGAGACAGAACUAACUUAUACUUAUCAUAUAGAAGAACAUUUCCUAGGUUUAAUAUUCCCACUAAUUUACCUGAUAGUACUAAUACAACAGCAAAAGAAGAAGGUAUUCCCAUGCUAGAUGUAGUUGACUCGUUAAAACAAGACAGCUCAACUUUAUCUUCGCCAAGUAAUGAACAACUUACGAUGAUUACUGAGAAUAUUCUAAAGCCAAUUGACGAAAAACUAAAUACCAUUGAUGAUUUGAUCGACAAUAGGCUAUUAAGACUUUAUAAGAAAGUUAUGCUACCAGGGUUUCAAGAUAGAACUUCUGAUAUUGAUCAAAUUGAGGAGUUAAACUUCCAGAUUAUAAAGUAUUUACAAAUUUGUUCUCAGAGUGUGCAAUUAUUAUCUCAAGAAAACGAAUCCGGGAGUGUUCAUAAUAAUAAUAAUAAUAAUAAUGGUAUUACAAUAAUUUUAGUUAAUUUAGGGAAAGCAUAUGCUAGAAAAAUUCAAAUAAAAAGCACAAAAUUUAGAUUAUUGCAAAAUAAUUAUUUAAAAUUUUUAAAUAAUGAUGAUUUUAAACCAUUACCUACAGCCAGCGAUAAGAGUUCUAGCCACAAUGAAGAAAGCAAUACACUUUUAGACAUUGACGAUAAUGAUGAUGAUUUACUAUUACUUGAGCAAGAAGAGCAGCAACAACGAGGACAAUUAUUGCACCAUACUUCAAAUUUUUCUACCAAAUAUUUACAACAACGUGAUGAAGAAAUUACACAAUUGGCUAAGGGGGUUUUAGAAGUAAGUAGUAUAUUUAAAGAAUUGCAACAGCUAAUUAUAGACCAGGGAACGGUUAUUGAUAGAAUCGAUUACAAUUUGGAAAUGACGGCCUCUAACUUAGUACAUGCACAAAAAGAAUUAAAUACCGCUACAGUGUACCAAAAAAAAGAGGGUAAAUGUAAAGUUGUUUUUCUUUUAAUUUUACUUGUGUUGUGUUUAUUUUUCUUUAUCAUGUUAAGACCUGGUUCAUCAUCAAAAACUGUUGUAGAAAAACACAAGGAGUUUAUAGUGGAACAGCCACAGCAAGUGCAAGAACAAACACAGGAACAAGAACAGUUAUCACCACAAGAGUUGUACUAG